AUGUCCACCUCCAAAACCUUUGAUAAACGCUUGGAAGAAUAUGAUACCCUUAAUAUUCAUGCAGGCUUUGCUCUCCUUCAGAGAAACACAACCCCACCUCAAACUGGUGAGAGGAGAGGCAGAAGAAAGCAAGCAGAACCAGGAAGGUUUCUUGGAGUUAGGAGGAGACCUUGGGGUAGAUAUGCUGCUGAAAUUAGAGACCCAACAACUAAAGAAAGGCACUGGCUUGGUACCUUUGAUACUGCUCAGGAAGCAGCUCUUGCUUAUGAUAGGGCUGCACUUUCCAUGAAAGGCACUCAAGCAAGAACCAACUUCACUUACACUGACAACACCAAUUUUCACUCCCUUCUUACUCCAUUUGAUAUUCAAGCCUUGCUUCCACAAUCACAGUUUGUCGCUAACACUCAGAUUAAACAACCAACCAAUCAGAACAAUCCUGCUAAGCUUGAAAUUUGUCAAAAUGAGACCCCCAACCAAUCAAGUAGCGAUACAUAUUGUGCUGAAUCAUCUGAUGGGUCAGCUCAUGAAACUAAUAGUUUCUUUUUCUCGAAUGAAGAUUCUAACUCAGGUUACCUGGGCUGCAUUGUUCCCGAUAACUGCUUGAGGCCACCACCCUCAAGUCCCACUAGUAAAACCAACAAUUUGAAUGCUUCAAAUGAUCAGAGCUUUUGCUCCAUGGCCACAGCUUCCCUUGAAGAUCAUUCACAAUGUAAUAAGUAUGCACUCCCUCUAGAUACUACAAAUGCUCCAACCAAGGCAUAUACUACUCCUGGAAACUUUCCUGGCUUUGAUGAACUCAACCAUGGAUUCUGGGGAGACCAACUGUCGUGGGAUAGCAAUUCUGGUGACCUCUCAGCAAUGAUCAAUAACCCAUUAAUGCUGGAAAAUGAAUGCAUGGAUACUUUGUAUAGCAUCGACAAUCCUCCUACUUAUGGGUUAAUGCCUCAAGCUACGUUUUCAUCAUCAUAUCCUGCUUGUGGUGAUGUAGUUAACUUCGGGUAUUCACUCUUUUGA